AUGGCGCUCCGGGUGAUCCUGCUUCUUGUGAUGGCCUUCCUUGCUCAGAGUGACCGUGUUUCUGAAAGAAAAGUGUCCUCGUGGCCGAGAGGGAACUACGGUCUACUGUCUACCGUCUAUGGCUGUCCUGAAACAUCUGAAUAUGGAUGGCAGACAGGUUACAUCAAUUUGACCUCUACAGGGUCAAGGACAGCCUACCACGAUUGGUCAGAUAGCCUCCAUCUGCUUGGACCAUAUCAUCUGCAUACAAUCCAACUGAACUUUUGCAUGAGACCCGAUGACCUUGACACUGAAGAUGACGAAAUUCUAAAUGUCACAGAAAACAGAACUGCUUCAUCGAAUAUUUGGCCACAAGGUCAUUACUGCAUCUUUCAAGGUGACGCUGACUGCCCAUCAGAAUUCAACACAUCCUUCUUGACAUUGAGAGACUAUGCGAUUAUCAAUGAUGACAUUGAAGGUCAACUACCAAAUAUGACCUUUAAUGAAAAUGAGGUCAUCGUCAUCUUGUGUUGCCGGUCCGAUGAAGAUGCAAAUUCAACCAUGGCCCUGCCUUCCGUCUUUCCAUUUUACCUGAUCAAGCCCCAGUCAGAGGUUCCCUGUCAGCAAGUGGGUGGCACGGAGGUCUUUGAGGAAACAUUUGCCUUCAUCCCCUCUACAAAUAUGUCCCAGGAUGAACUGGAACCACACGAGAACGACACUUUGGCUCUCAGACUCUGCUUCUACAAGCCUUAUGGUAUGUUGAUAGACAUCUAG